AUGCACACAGUGACAAAAGUUCCAAAUGGAGAACGAUUCCUACGCUCCGUCAAGUACUCGCCCGGCCCGGUCGUCUCGUCUGCUAGUGCCAUGUCGGCGGGAAGUGUGGCCGCCGUGCCUGGCACUGACUCGGCGCCGCACUUCAUGCUGGUCCUGAUGAUGGCCGCGGGCCACGCCGGCCCGAUGCUCGACAUGGCCCGCACCCUCUCCGGCGACGGCGCGCUCCCCAUCCGCUUCUUGCCGCUCCGCUUCCCCUGUGCCGAGGUAGGCCUCCCCGAGGGCUGUGAGAGCCUCGACGCGCUCCCGGGCCUCGGCCUCCUCCGCAACUUCAACGACGCCUGCGCCAUGCUCCGCGGGCCGCUCGUCGCGCUCCUCAGGGACAGGGAGGGCGACGCCCUGCCGCCGAGCUGCGUCGUCUCCGACGCCUGCCACCCGUGGACUGGCGGGGUGGCGAGGGAGCUCAGCGUGCUGCGCUUCUCGUUCGAUGGGUUCUACGCCUUCUCCUCCUUAUGCAUGCGCAAGAUGAAUCUCCACAGGAUCUUCGAGGGCAUUGACGACGAUGACACGCGCCCCGUGUGUGUCCCUGCUUUCCCCAUCGACGUCGAGAUAUCGAGGAAGCGGUCGCUUGGAAACUUCACGGGUCCCGGCAUGAAGGAGUUCGGCGAGGAGAUCAUGGCCGAGAGCGAGAGAGCCAACGGCCUGGUGGUGAACAGCUUCGCGGAGAUGGAGCCCAUGUUUAUUGACGCCUAUGAGGCGGCCCUCGGCAUGAAGGUAUGGAGCUUCGGGCCUCUCUUCCUGGCCCCCACCAUGCCGCUGGCGGCGACAGCAGAGGACGCCAACGCCGUCCGGUGCGUGAGUUGGCUCGAGUCCAAGAAGCCCCGAACCGUGGUGUUCGUGAGCUUCGGCAGCCUGGUGCGCUCGUCGCUGCCGCAGCUCGUCGAAAUCGGGCACGACCUCGAGGCGACCAAGCGCCCGUUCAUCUGGGUGGUCAAGCCGCGCAACCUCACCGAGUUCGAGCAGUGGCUGUUCGAGGACGGCUUCGAGUCCCGCGUCGGGGAGACGGGCCUGGCGAUCAGGGACUAGGCACCGUAGAAGGCGAUCCUGUCGCACCCGGCGAUGGGAGCCUUCAUGACGCACUGCGGCUGGAACUCCGUGCUCGAGUGCGUCGCGGCGGGCCUGCCGAUGGUGUCGUGCCCGCACUUCACCGAGCAGUUCAUGAACGAGAAGCUCGUGGUGGAUGUGCUAUGGGUCGGCGUGCCUGUCGGCGUCAAGGGUGCCGCGCAGUGGGGCGUGGAUGCGGAGGGUGUGCUGGCGACGAGGCAGGACGUGGAGAGGGCGGUGGCUGCGGUGAUGGACUACGGGGAGGAGGGCUCUGCGCGCCGGGCAAGGGCCGCCAAGCUCGGCAGGAAGGCUCGGGAAGCCGUGGUACACGGUGGCUCAUCGUUCCGGAACGUGGCGCUGCUCAUACAACACGUCCAGCAGCGAGCCAGCACUAGAAAUCCAUGGAUUGAAAAGAAGCCGAGCGACUGUAGAUAAAUGUGCACUAACGCGAGUACCACAUUAAUAACUGUAUUACCCAAUUGAUAAAAACAUUAUGUAUUAUUUCAAAUAUUCUUAUCCUCCUCA